AAAUUAGUGAAGUGCAUGUUGGGAUUAAUUAUAAAUGUCUCUUCUUCGUUAUUUUUAGGCACUGUGGAAUUGGCUUCUGCUGGUGUUUCCAUGACCAUCUUUAACAUCAUAUCAAAGCUUUUCAAUAUUCCCCUUCUAAGUGUUGCUACAUCUUUUGUUGCUGAGGACAUAGCCAAAACUGCUGCCGAAGAAUAUCUUUCGGAGCACAGUGGUAUACAAAAUAUUGGCAAUGGUAAAUCCUUCGAAAGAGGCAAUCGAAAAAAGCAAUUUUCCUCUGUCUCCACUGCUUUGCUAUUAGCACUUGGGAUUGGAAUUUUUGAGGCUUUAGCUCCUGCUGUUGUACUUUCUUUGGCUUUACAAGGCAUUUUCCAUGGUUUUAAGGAUACAAAAACUCCUGUUCUAUGCCUAGGCAAGUGCUUGGUUUAAAUUCUGUUUCUUUGCUACAUUCAUC